AUGCAGGUUCCAUUGCUCCGUCUGCAAUGUGCUACGACUGGGGGCAAGGUUGGCCAGGAUUCGGCUGCCGCCCGCUAUGCGGCCACGACAGCCCCAGCAGAUUUCUCAAUCGAGGCUGAGAAGCCUUACGCAGAGCUAUGGAUGGGCACCCAUCCUAGCCUACCCUCCAAAGACGUCGAGACCCAGCGCACCCUUCUCGAUCUCGUUCAAGACAAUCAAGCUCUGAUGUCUACAGAGAUCACCGAGCGCUAUGGAGGCCGUCUUCCCUUCUUGUUCAAGGUGCUGUCAAUCCGCAAGGCGCUCAGUAUCCAAGCCCACCCCAAUAAGAAGCUGGCGGAACAGCUCCAUGCGCGCGAUCCUAGAAACUACCCUGAUGACAACCACAAGCCUGAGAUGACCAUUGCCGUGACACCCUUUGAAGGUCUGUGCGGAUUCCGUCCUCUGGCCGAGAUCACCCACUUCCUCCAGGCACUCGAACCUCUUCGAAAGCUCAUCGGAUCCCAGGCCGCGAGCGAGUUUGAGCAGGCUGUCAAGGGCAAUGAGCAGUCUGAGGACGAGGUCGUUAUGCAGCGGAACAAGGAUGCGCUGCGCUCGGUGUUCACAGUCCUGAUGGAAUCUUCUCCAGAUGACAUCGGAAACGCCUGCAAGGAUUUGGUUGCCCAGGCUGAGAAUUCGCCAGCGAGUUUCGCUUGCCUGCCGGGCGAUGUUGAGACCAACCCCAGCAACCCAACCGAGUUGGCUGAAAUUAUCAAGCGCCUUGACGGCCAAUUCCCCGGGGACAUCGGCUCGUUCGUUUUCUUCUUCCUCAACUUCAUCAAGCUUGAGCCUGGUGAGGCCAUGUUCCUCAAGGCUGAUGAUAUUCACGCCUACGUGUCCGGCGACAUCAUCGAGUGUAUGGCAUCCUCGGACAACGUCGUGCGAGCUGGCUUUACCCCCAAGUUCAAGGAUGUGCCCACUCUGACCAAGAUGUUGACGUACUCAUACGCUCCCAUUGAGGAGCAGAAGCUGCGACCCACGGACUAUCCUUAUGCCAUUCUGAACGCAACAGCGUACUCCAGCGCCUCAUCUGCCAUGCUCUAUGAUCCCCCGAUCGAGGAGUUCAGCGUUGUCAAGACUGAUUUGAAGCGAACAGGGGCUAAGGUGACCUUCGACCCCAUCGCUGGUCCUAGCAUCAUGAUCUGUACCCGCGGCAAAGGCAAGAUUACUGUGGGCAACAAGACUGAGGAAGUGCACGAGGGUUACGUCUUCUUCGUUGGCGCCGAGGCCGAGUGUAUCCUCGAAAACACUGGCAGUGGAGAGGGCGAGGAUGAUGUCUUCACGACGUAUAAGGCGUUCUGCGAGCUGACCGGUAAGGAGGACAUGGUCAACGGUCACUAG